GGUUUUUUUUGUAUUAGUUUUCAAGUAAAGGGUCUUAUUAAGGAAUAUACAUACAUGUGUAUAGUUUGCUAUGUGUAUAGAUUGUUUAAAGGCUGAAAAAGAAAAGAGAGAGAAGGCAGAGAGGAAGGAAGGAGCACAGGAAAAAAAGCAAAAGAAGAGGUCUUUCUCAAACACAGAUCCCUAUGGAAUGCAGCCCAGCAUUGCUUGCUGGAACACAUCAUUCUUUUUGUUUAGUUUAAAGGCUCUUGCUUUGUUCUCUUUAGAAUUCUUUCAAGAGAGAGAAAUAAAGUAAAGGGAGAGAAAGAGGGAUAUAUAUAUAGAUAAGUAAAAUAGAUAGAGCAUAGACUUGGCCAUUCAGUGAGCUUGGAUUUUGUUCAGAUGGCUUGUUAGAUUUGUUUUCUGCAGCUAGAAAACAAAAUACCCAGGUUUCAAAAUGGAGGGAAAAGCAAACAGUUAUCUUUCAUUCUUUUUCUUUGCAUAUGUAUGAUUAGUUUAUUUGUUUCCCAAUGAUUAAGUAGGAAAGGAGAUUCAUAGAAAGAAGAAAAUGAAGUCCAUGAGUAAUGAUGAUAGUAACAACUGGUUGGGCUUUUCUCUUUCUCACAUGAACAACAUGGAGGUUCCUUCAGAUCCUCAUCAUCCUCCUCCUUCCAACGCUGUUUCCACUGAACUCCCAACAAGUUUCUUUCACUCCCCAACUCAUUUCAGCUACUCUGGCUCUUCUUAUGGAGCUCAAAAUGGUGGGUUUUACUCUCCCUUGUCUGUAAUGCCACUCAAGUCUGAUGGGUCACUGUGCAUAAUGGAAGCUCUCACCAGGUCUCAACCACAACAAGUGAUGACAACAACUUCAACACCAAAACUCGAGGACUUCUUUGGUGGUGCAACAAUGGGGGCCCAUCACUAUGAAAGCAGUGACAGAGAAGCUAUGGCUUUGAGCUUAGACAGCAUGUACUACCACCACAACCCAGAUCAUGAGACCAACAAUAGUCAACAACAGCAGAUUCAAGCCCAGCAAUACUCAGAUUACUAUGCAUUUAGAGGCCAUGAGGUGUACCAAACACCAUUCAAGGAGGGGACUAAGGAAGCCCAGGUUUCAGAUUGCAAUCUCCAGCUCCCAAACAUGGCAGAAGAUGAUUUCUCUGGGAUGAAGAACUGGGUUUCAAGGAAUUAUUACCCUGCAAGUCAUGCAUUGGACAAUGGGGUUGAAUCUGGGUCUGUGAGUGCAUUGGGGUAUAGGGAUUUGCAGUCACUGAGCUUGUCCAUGAGCCCUGGCUCCCAAUCAAGCUGUGUUACUGGUUCACAGCAGAUCUCACCCACUGUUACUGAGUGUGUAGCCAUGGAGGGAAAGAAAAGAGGGUCUGAGAAGCUUGAUCAGAAGCAGGUUGUCCAUAGGAAGUCCAUUGAUACAUUUGGACAGAGGACUUCACAGUAUAGAGGUGUCACAAGGCAUAGAUGGACUGGUAGAUAUGAAGCCCAUCUAUGGGACAACAGUUGUAAGAAAGAGGGACAAAGCAGGAAAGGAAGGCAAGUUUAUCUGGGGGGUUAUGAUAUGGAAGCAAAGGCUGCAAGAGCUUAUGAUUUAGCUGCACUCAAGUAUUGGGGCCCUUCGACCCAUAUCAAUUUUCCGCUGGAAAACUAUCAACAAGAACUUGAACAUAUGCAGAACAUGACCAGACAAGAAUAUGUUGCUCACUUAAGAAGAAAAAGCAGUGGCUUCUCAAGGGGUGCUUCAAUGUACAGAGGAGUCACAAGACAUCAUCAACAUGGGCGCUGGCAAGCUCGGAUAGGCAGAGUUGCGGGAAACAAGGACCUUUAUCUAGGGACAUUCAGCACUCAAGAGGAAGCUGCUGAGGCCUAUGACAUAGCAGCAAUAAAAUUUCGUGGGGUUAGUGCUGUCACUAACUUUGACAUAUCAAGGUACGAUGUGGAGCGCAUCAUGGCAAGCAAUACCCUUCUUGCCGGAGACCUUGCCAGGCGAAACAAGGCUAUCGAAUCUGCAAAAGAGGUCCCUAAUCAUGAGCUUGCCAUUCUGAACUGUAACAGUGAAGCCACUCACCUGAAAGAGAACACUGGAAGUGAAUCGGAUUGGAAAAUGACCCUAUAUCAGUCCCCGCAACAUGAUUUGAUUGGGAUCAAAACAAUGAGCUCAGGUCAGCAAGAGGUCAAUGACUCAGCCAAGGUGGUGAACCACUUGUCUGGUGGUUCGUCGCUGGUGACAAGCUUGUGCAGCUCAAGAGAAGACAGCCCUGAUAAACAAAAUGGCUUGCCUUUGGUUUUCGCAAUGCCUCCGUCAGCAUCCAAGCUUUUCACUAGUUCUGCAAGUAGUGUGAGUUCUUGGAUAUCAUCGGCCCAGCUGAGGCAGCCUCCGAUUUCGAUGCCUCAUGUGCCUGUGUUUGCAGCAUGGGCCGAUGCAUCAUGAAACAUGUUAUGGAAAAAUUGUUUAGUUAUGGUUUUUUUGCAUGAACCAAACUAGAAAGAGAUGGUUCCUUGGGCUUUUUCUUUUUUUCUUUCAGAAUAUUCAAAUUCAGUCCUUAAAGCUUUAUGAAUAUCUUGAAGGAAUUGGUGGAGGGAAAAUUUACAAGAAA